AUGACCCACCUCAAUGAUGGAACGGGCCGUACGGACCUCUCAUUACAAGGCAGACGCUCCGAUCUGUCGGGAACAAUAGCAGCAGAAAUAGCAGCAAUAGCAAUAACAGCAGCAGCAGCAGCAGCAGCAGCAAUAACAGCAAUAACAGCAAUAACAGCAAUAACAGCAAUAACAGCAAUAACAGCAAUAACAGCAAUAACAGCAAUAACAGCAAUAACAGCAAUAACAGCAAUAACAGCAAUAACAGCAAUAACAGCAAUAACAGCAAUAACAGCAGCAGCAGCAGCAGCAGCAGCAAUAACAGCAGCAGCAGCAGCAGCAGCAGCAAUAACAGCAGCACCAGCAGCAGCAGCAGCAAUAACAGCAGCAGCAGCAGCAAUAACAGCAGCAGCAAUAACAGCAGCAGCAGCAGCAGCAGCAGCAGCAGCAGCAGCAGCAGCAAUAACAGCAACAGCAGCAGCAGCAGCAAUAACAGCAACAGCAGCAGCAAUAACAGCAACAGCAGCAGCAAUAACAGCAACAGCAGCAGCAAUAACAGCAACAGCAGCAGCAAUAACAGCAACAGCAGCAGCAAUAACAGCAACAGCAGCAGCAAUAACAGCAACAGCAGCAGCAAUAACAGCAACAGCAGCAGCAAUAACAGCAACAGCAGCAGCAAUAACAGCAACAGCAGCAGCAAUAACAGCAACAGCAGCAGCAAUAACAGCAACAGCAGCAGCAAUAACAGCAACAGCAGCAGCAAUAACAGCAACAGCAGCAGCAAUAACAGCAACAGCAGCAGCAAUAACAGCAACAGCAGCAGCAAUAACAGCAACAGCAGCAGCAAUAACAGCAACAGCAGCAGCAAUAACAGCAACAGCAGCAGCAAUAACAGCAGCAGCAGCAGCAAUAACAGCAGCAGCAGCAGCAAUAACAGCAGCAGCAGCAGCAAUAACAGCAGCAGCAGCAGCAAUAACAGCAGCAGCAGCAAUAACAGCAGCACGAAUUGUGAAGCUGUCGAGACAAACAACGUCUCCAGCCACAGACGACCCGCCUGUUUCGCUGAAUCGAUCAGUCAAAGAUUGGGUGUUAAGUGCCGACCAUUUGUCUUCAUCUGGAACGAGGUAG